AUGAUUUUCAAUAAAGUCCUAUUGCUAUUCGUGAAUUUGCAUCCUGCCGUGGGAAGAUCGUUGAACAGACCAAGUAAUUUAAAAUAUUUUAGAACAUGCCGAAGGUAUAUUAGUAACUUAGAAUACGACUCAGAAAUUCCUGAGAAGAUGUCUGAUCUUCAAAGUUUGUUUAAAGAAAGUUGUAUUGUGCCUGAUGUAAUUAAAAUAGCACCAUCCGAAAUAUUAAAUGUACAAUACCCUAGUGGAGCUACGAUUACAACAGGAAAAGAACUAACUCCAACUCAGGUGAAGGAUAAGCCGACAGUCAAAUGGGCAGCUAAAGAUGAACAAUAUUAUACACUGGCUAUGGUAGAUCCUGAUGCCCCUAGCCGUGAAAGUCCCAAGUUUCGUGAGUGGCAUCAUUGGCUUGUGGGAAACAUUUUUGGCUCAGAAAUGAGUAAGGGUGAAAUACUAUCUGAUUAUAUCGGUUCCGGACCACCGAAAGGAACUGGCUUACAUCGUUAUGUCUUUCUGGUGUACAAGCAACCUGGGAAGUGUGAUUUUUCUAAAGUACAAAAAUUACCGAAUAAUUCUGGUGAUAAACGAGGCAAAUUUUCCAUCAACAAAUUCGCUGACCAAUUUAAAUUUGGUCCUCCUGUUGCAGGCAAUUUCUAUGUCGCUAAAUAUGACGACUACGUUCCAAAGUUAUACGCACAAUUGAAAGGUUAA